AUGGCGUUUGACGGAGAAUGGCUAGGCGCGGGCAUUAUAGUCCUGUAUUUUUAAUUAGUGCAUACAUGUACACAUAUAUGCCGUCUAAAAGAUUAUACUUUGUUAGUAAUUGUUUGUAUUCGGAUACAUUAGUCUGAGCGUACGAUGGCACGUCUCGUGCUAGCUUAGUUUGCUAGUUAGCUUAGCUUGUUAGCCGCUAACAAAGAGACGUGGAAGUUAUCAACACAUCGCUAAGCAGAGAUCAAGUGUGAGUGUAAAGUGUUGUGAUUGUGUGAACAUGUGCGAAAGAACGAUAGCAGAGUACGAGGAGAAACUGUGUCCAACAAAAGAAGAGAAUGAGGGGGACGAUGUUUUCAAGAAGCAUCAAAUUGUUACACACCGAACAGACAUCCAGCAGCCCCCCCACGUUAAAGAGGAAGAUCUACAUCCCCUUUUGUUAAAAGAGGAGGAUGCAGAGCCAUCCCACAUUAAAGAGGAAGAGAAGGAAGUGUGGAUCACUCAGGAGGAAGAGUGUCUCCUUGGGCAGGAGGAGGCUGAUCUCACCAAGUUCCCACUGACUAUUGUCUCUGUGAAGACUGAAGACCAUGAAGACAAACCACCUGAGUCCUCACAGCUUCAUCACAGUCCAAAUCUCUGUGAAGAUCAUCUUGUCCCUGAGCACCAGGAGUGGAGCUUCAGGAUGAAGCAGGAGGAGCCACAGACCUCCCACGUUAAGGAGGAAGACGAAGCGUCACAGACUCCUCUCGUUAAAAACGAAGAGGAAGACCCACGGACCCCCCACAUCAAAGAGGAAGAGGAGGAAAUCAGCAUCAGUCAGGAGGGAGAGCAUCUUAAAUGGUUGGAGGAGUUCCCAGUGAUUGGUGUGAUUGUGAAGAGUGAAGAUUAUGAGGUAAAAGUUGAAAGUGAGGAGAAGAGAGAGGUGGAGCCUCCAAGCAGCAGCUCAAUUCAACACAUGACAACAGAAGCUGAUGGAGACCACACUGAGGAUGAAGACUCUAAAGCUGAUAAGACAUGUCACACUGACAACACAUGCUUAAAAUGUUCUCACUGUGACAAAACUUUUCAACGCCCUAGUGGUCUUAAAAGACACAUGAGAAUACACACUGGAGAAAAACCCUUUUCCUGCUCAGAAUGCGGUAAAAGUUUUUUACGAAAAUAUGUGUUGAACGAACACAUGCUGAGACACUCUGGAGAAAAGCCUUUUUCUUGUUCAACCUGCGGUAAAGGUUUUAUACAAAGUCACUAUUUGAAAGUACACAUGAGAUUACACACCGGAGAAAAACCUAAUACCUGUUCAAUCUGUGGUAAAGGUUUUGUAAGACGUUCCAAUUUGAAAGCACACAUGAGAACACACACUAGAGAAAAACCCUUUUCCUGCUCGUUAUGUGGUAAAGGUUUUGCUCAAAUAAAUUUGUUGAAAGAACACAUGCAAAUACACACUGGAGAAAAACGUUUUUCCUGCUCAGCAUGUGGUAAAGGUUUUGCACGGACACUUUUUUUGAAAGAACACAUGAGUAUACACACCGGAGAAAAACCUUUUUCCUGCUCAGUAUGUGGUAAAAGCUUUGCCCGAAAGAUAUUGUUGAAGGUACACUUCAGAACACACACUGGAGAAAAACCCCUUUCCUGCUCGGUAUGUGAUAAAGGUUUUGCUCACAAAAGUUUGUUGAAAGAACACAUGCAAAUACACACUGGAGAAAAACCUUUUUCCUGCUCAGUAUGUGGUAAAGGUUUUUCACGGAAACAUUUGUUGAUAGAACACAUUAGAAUACAUACGGGAGAAAAACCUUUUUCCUGCUCAGUUUGUGGUAAAGGCUUUGCCGGGAAGAAAUUGUUGAAGCAACACUUGAGAACACACACUGGAGAAAAACCUUUUUCCUGCUCAGAAUGUGGUAAAGGUUUUGCACGGACACAUAUGUUGAAAGAACACAUGAGAAUACACACGGGAGAAAAACCUUUUCCCUGCUCAGCAUGUGGUAAAGGUUUUGCACGGAACCAUUUGUUGAAAGAACACAUGAGAAUUCACACGGGAGAAAAACCUUUUUCCUGCUCAGUAUGCAGUAAAAGCUUUGCCCGAAAGAAAUUGUUGAAGGAACACAUGAGAACACACACUGGAGAAAACCCUUUUUCCUGUUCAAUCUGUUGUAAAAGUUUUGCACGCUCAAAUAUGUUCAAAGUACACAUGAGAACACACACAGGUGAGAAAGUGUUGAGUUGCAGUGUGUGCGGUGAAAGAUUCUCUUAUAAGUACCAGUGUAAGAAACACACGUGUGCUGGUGAGAACAGCAGCAGCAAAUGAAGUCAAAACUUUGUUAACUUUGACUUUCUAACAUCAGUACAUUUAAUCAAUCAAUCAAUCAAUCAAUGUUUUUUAUAUAGCCCUAAAUCACAAGUGUCUCAAAGGGCUGCACAAGCCACAACGACAUCCUCGGUGUGUGAUUUAAUUGUUGUAUAACACCAUCCAUGCAUUCAUUUUCUACCGCUUGUCCCUUUCAAACUUGUUAAUAUGCUUCUACCAUUUAUAACUAGAUAUUUUAGAUUAUUGCUUUUUUCAGUCAAGUACAUGGAUUAAUAUAUAUCGUUGUGUACUUUUAUUUAAAAUUGAACAGAGCAAUUUAACUGUAAAGGUGACAGUAAACUGCACAAAACAUGUGACAUACAUUAAACAUAGUAUGUGUAUAUAGAUAUUAAUAAUUCACUGUUAUACUUAAGAGUUUUAUAUAUGUAUUUAAAAUAAUGUAGUGUUACAUAUUUUCAUUUAUAAUUGUAAAUGAUUCCAUAGAUGAACUCCUUUAUUUCCAUUUAUCCAUUUUCUACCGCGUGUCCCUUUCGGGGUCGCGGGGGGUGCUGAGGCCUAUCUCAGCUCCUUUAUUUCAUAAACAUAUUUGUUUGACAUUUUUAAUUGUAUUAUUGAGUGAAAAGGACUGCAUUUUAUUUCCAUGGGGAGCUCUAAAAUCACAUGGUGCCAAUGAUGCACAUUUCAUUUUGUCGUUUAUCCUCAAAAACAAAAUGACAUCAAAAAUCGGAUUUAUAUAUUGCAUUUCUAUCAUUUCAUCAAUACAACGAGACAUAAUACAUUAUUACACUAUUGUAAUGGAAGUUAAACUAUCUUGUUUUAUUUAUUCAGUUUUUAAAUGUCCAUCAGUGCCGUCAAGUGGUUCAGUAUGGUUCCGAGACAUAGACCUUAAAGGGGAACUGUACCCUUUUUUGGGGGGAAAUUUGCCUAUUGUUAACAAAUAUUAUGAGAGACAAAAAGACAAAAUGUUUUGUUUUGUUUUUUUUUUGCAUUCUAACAUGUAGAAAUCGGCUGGUUCUUGGUAGCGAGCAAUGCAGCUAAUAUUAGCAAUCAAUUCUACCUCUAAAUCACUUUAAAAAUGCAUUCAAAAACCGUCAACAAUACUUCAUUUACGUUCUGUAACAUGUAUAAUAACCAAACUAUAGCAACAUUAGUAUUGUUGGAACAAACACUGAGGAACUCUUUCUAGUGUAGUAACACAUCGGCAUACUUCUGUAUUAGCCAUAAAAGCUAGCUAGCUUCUACGCCAGCACGAAACGUGUUUGAGUUUAUAAUGCACAACACAAUGUGAUAGGACACAAAUCUGUACUGACUGAAAAACAUGAACAAUCAUAUUACAGUAUCUGUAAAGUAUUAUUAUGUACUGUAGUUAUAAUAACACGCAUGAUGUGCUGUGUGUAUCAUGAUGGAGUGUGACUCACUGAUGGAUAGUUGUGCGUUUGGUCCAGCUGGCUGGGAAUUAUUUUCCCAGUUAAUUUGGGUAAGCACUCCAUUUAUGUCAAAAUAGCAUAGCUGCAAAUUCCACAGUUAUAAAGUCGUCACUCUCACCCCACUCUCCCGGCUUUUGUCUGCUCCAAUGUCUCACUCUUCCUUUGUGCUCGCUUCUAUAAACAGCAGUUCAUCCUCUGUAUAUUCAGCUUCAAAAAUAAAAGGUUGUGA